GCUUAGCAACGGUACACUUGUAUGACACCAGUUGUGGAAAAACAUCAAGAGUUUACGAGAUUAGCCUGCACAUAUUUUCGUUUGUGUUCUUCCAGUGUAGUGCAUUAUGAUUUAAUUUGAACUAAAAGGCGAGAACUUCUGGAAUGCUGUUCAGCUGAAGCUAGAUUCAUAUCUAGCUAGACGACUAGCACUUUUAUUAGUAGCAUCUAUAGCUAACUGUGUGGCUUCCUACACACAUAGAGCAAGGCUAAGUUCUUCAAGGACGACAGUAAAUAAGUGGUGAAAAGAAGAAUGUCCACCAGCAAGGAACAAGCUGCCAUCAGUAAAAUAAUGAGUUUCCUUCAAGAAUGGGAUCAAGGCAAUAAGAUCGUGCGAAGCCGCAUGCUGAAUGCAUUUCUGACACAAAACACGGGAAAGACAUGUCCUGAAUUGGAAGUGGAGUUUGCACAAGUAGCCAGUCUCUUUUUAGCUCGGUUGACCGCUUGGAUGAGGCUGACAUACAUGUUUGGGACAUGUUUAGGUCUGCAAUUGAAAGCAGUUGGCGUCUUCCUAUCUGCAUCAAGCAAUCAUCGAUAUCUCAUAGAAUUUCUGGAAGUUGGAGGUGUCCUAACUCUCCUAGAGAUCUUAGGCCAGAACCAGACCAAGGAAGAGGACAGGAAGGAGGCCCUCUCUCUGCUUCAAAUUAUCUCAAAUGCUGGACGCAAGUACAAGGAGCUCAUCUGCGAAAGCCACGGUGUGAGAGCAAUAGCAGAGUGCCUUGCAAAGUCAAAGACGGAGGAGACCCAAGAGGCAGCUCAAGCUUUGUUAGAGUCACUGGCCCAUGGAAACCCCAAAUACCAGACCCAGGUCUAUAGGGGACUGAUUGCACUUCUUCCCUGUACAUCGCCAAAAGCCCAACAGCUUGUCUUACAAACCCUCCGCAUAGUACAGGCUAUUGUAAAGUCAUCCCAUCCCAGCAUUGUAGAACCUUUGCUUAAUAUGCUCAGGUCUCUGCAUCUAGAAGUACAGCAUGAAGCUAUUGAGCUGAUCAUAGAUCUGUGUCAAUAUAAAGUGAGGCAAUUGCUGCUUAGGGGUCUGGUAGCUCUGCAGAAACCUGCCAAGGAGAGAGUACAGAAACACAAGAUCCUGGAAGACCCGGAAAUGACCAAAAUGACUGAAUCUCUACCAGUGUUUGUUCAACAAGCAGCUGCAGCAAAAGCUGUAAAGUUGCUUGCUCAGGGGAGUCAUGAGCUCUCUCAGGAGCUAUUGUCUCUCAGAGUGGUACAUAACCUACUGUACACCAUGGGUAACCAGGAACACGCAGACGCCCAGAGACAAGCCAGCCUGGCUCUUGAGCACUUUGUCCGUACAUACCCACUUGUGGAGGAGCACGUGCACAGAGCCAUGGGGACUGAAUUGUUCACAGCCUUCAUGCAAAAAGCUGAAACCCUGUACAUGAAAGUGGAUGAAAUCCAAGCGGAUAUACUGUUAUCAAAUAAAGUCAACAUAUCAGAAGCAUUAGAACAUCGUAACUCAGAGAGCUGAACAAAACAGAACGCAAGCAUCAGUGUCUAUUAUAAUGAAGAAUUAUAAA